UUCAAAACUGCAGGGCGACAGCUUUUGUUUUGUUGCCGGAAAAAUAUUAUUGAAUAUAGGUCUUCCAUGUGAGGAUAUUUAUUUAUCAGUGUGUUUCGGUAAUAUCCUCGGAUGGCCAAAUUCUCAGCGGUCCAUUUUUUUGCAGAACUAGUAAUGGCUAAGCUAAGGCUAACUGAGCCACAGCUAACUAUUCUAUCUAACUAACAGCUAAUCUGGCCGUUAGUUCUCUCUUGAAUGAAUGAAUCCCAAACGGAUCAAAUAGCGCUCUGCUGAUUUUGAGAAUAGUCGAGAUAGUAAAUAACCGAAUAUGCUUGACGAAUAAAUAACUGUUAAUCAGGAUUAAUAGAAAUUUGGGUUUAGCCCAUGCUGUGGUUGCCAAUGGCGACGUGGACGCUCAGCCCGCUCUGAUUUAUCUGAAGAAGCUGGACAUUACUGGCCAUGACUUCAAAACAGAAGAAGGGCCUGGGAGGGUCAAUUGAUGACGUAUUGGGGGAUCUCUUAGGAGACAGUGAUGACCCACCCAUGAAAACCAGAUCUCCUGCUGCUGGACUCGGCCGGCCUACAGGGGUCCUACCGUCCCGCAGUGGCAAGAGGUCUUUGCUGGACGAUGAUUUCUUUAGUAAAUUGGCAGAGGAGGCUGAGAAAGAAGAUGAGGCUUCUGAUGUGUCCGAGGCAGAUCCCAAGGCUUUGCUGGAGAGCAUGAAGGACAUGGAUGACAUGGAUGCUGAUCUCUUUGGCCCAAAGAGAAAGCCCAGCUCGGCCCCAGCUCAGAGUAAAACCUCUGGAGCAGUAGGAUCCAAACAUGGAGCAGCCAAAUUAGAAGCUGAGGUCACAAGCAACCAGCCAGUAGAGCCAGAUGAGAGGAAGCCCAGCUCAGCUCCAGCAGCUACAGUUAGAGGCUACAAGAAAUUUAGCUUCAUGGAUGACCUUGAUUAUCCUUUGGGUGACCUGCUGGAUGAUCUGGAUCAGGAGCCAAAGAGGACUCUUUCAGGGAAAACAGAAAAGUCACCCUCACCUUCCCCAUUAAGACAAAAGAAAGAGGACAUAGCAUCUCCUGCGCCUGUGUCUAAGAAACGAGAAGAGCUAACCUUCGAUGAUGAUGAAGAUGAUUUGAUGGAUGCACUAGGAUUCAGUGACAGCCUGAAAGUGAGAGGCAGUGCGCUCACCCCCAAAAAAGAGAGUGAGGUUCCUCAGAGGGCACGCACCAGACUGGAUGAGAUUCUGGGAAUCGGGACGUCUCCACGCCUGCUAGAGAGACCCGCCACUGGUGAGAAAAAAGACACAACACAGCCAGAAAGACCAGCGGAGAAAACAUCAGAAAGAUCCGCAGAGAGACAGCCCCAGAAAAGCUCAGCCGGCAAAGACUCUGUGUUUGGUGAGGAAGAUUUCACCUUUGGCUCAUACCAGCCAACAGUUGUGUCAACCCCAGAGGGACGGCAGUCCCGCAGACAGUCUGUCCGGUUCUCCACUGAAGAUGUCAGCUCUCAUUCUCCAGAACGCAGGACCAAGCCCUCCACCCCGUCCACCCCCACCUCCAUACGACCUGCUCGGCCCGCAUCAGACUGGCUCGGCCUCAAACAGGACGAAAACGAAAAUGAAGAGGACGAGCAGAAGGACCAGAUGAAAGAGUCUACAGGAGCAGCUGAGAGUCUAAAACCCCCUCCUUCUCCCUCACAUGGGUCAGAGAAGCCCCCCAGCAGAGGAGGACAAACUUCCAAGCCUGCAGAGGUACUCAGAGCAGCAACAUCCUCUCCAAAAACCUCCAAACCCACAGCGUCCAACAUCCAGCUGCAGCUAGAAGAGGAGAAAACAGAGGAGGACUGGCUGGCUGGGGCACUCAGUAAGAGAAAAACUCAAACAGUUAAACACUCAGAUGACAGAGAGAAGAGGCAGGAGGAGUCUCUGGGGCUCGGAGAGGAGAUGGACUCAUUCCUCAGUAAACGAAAUGCCACCUCUACUCCACGCAGAAGACAGGAAGACACAGCCAUGCCUCGCAGACAGCCCAGCAGUGAAUCUCUGGUUGUCUCUGGCAGACAGCAGAGCCCCACACCUGCUCCAGUCCCCAACACAGGAGUCCAGCACAUGUCUGUGCCUCAGCAGAGGACUGGAGAUGAGCGUACGGCACCUGUGCAGCAGGUGGCUCUCUCUUCCACACAGCCACAAGUGACUCUCUCUGCGGACGGCAUUCAGCAGCUCUUACUGCAGCAGCAGCUGGCGCAGGCUCAGCUGUGGGGUUUAGGAGGGCCAUUGGAGCUGGGUUCUUUGCAGAGACAGAGGAGAGAUGCAGAGCAAGAACCUGGAGAAGUGGCUUCACUCCAGGCUAAAAUCAUACAGCUGGAGGGACAGGUGAGGAGUCUUCAGCUGGAAAAGGAUCAGAUCCAGAUGCUGCUGGACAGCGUCCAACAGAGACACAAACAAGACACAGAGCUUAUGGAGAACACACACAGAGCUCGCGUGAAGUUGUUGGAGGAGUCUGGGUCCCAGCGGGAAGAACGAGCGCGGCAAGAGAACGAGGACCUGGCAGAACGUCUUGCUGCAGUGACUCGCAUGGCAGAGCAGGAGAGAGCCGAGCUGCAGGCGCAGAACCAGCGUAGGCUGGCGCAGUGCCAACAGGACCGCGACCGAGAGGUGGAGAGACUCCGUGACCUCCAGAGGAAGUCCAUACUGGAGAUGAAGAAAGAUCAUGAGGAACAGGUGCAGAGACUCAGGAGGCUGAAGGAUGAGGAGAUUGAUGCAGUAACCAGUGCUACCUCACAGACUAGGUCUCUGACAGCAGUGAUUGAGCAGAUGGAGCAGUUUUCUCGCAGGUUGGGUGAUCUGUCGUCUCGUGUGGAGAUCACUCAUGAAAACACGGCACAAGGUCUGGAGUUGGGGGCCAGGCAGAGAGACGAGCAGCUCCGAGUGCUGCAAGAGCGCCUGACCCAGCAGCAGAGGGAGAUGGCUGAGGAGAGAGCCCGACUGAAAGAGGUCAUAGCCAAGAUGGACACACAGCUGGCUGAGCAGCAGAGGCAGCUUCAGCAGGAGCGCUGGCGGGUGACGGCGGAGCAGGCUAAAGCUGAGUCAGCGUUAAGGGGCCUGGAGGAGGAGAGACGGAGCAUGAUGCAGCAUUUUGCCAUGGAACGAGAGGAGCUGGAGAGAGCCAAGUCUGCUCUGUUAGAGGAGCAGCAGACGGUGAUGCAGCGCUGUGCUGAGGAGCGGAGGAAGCUUGCAGCGGAGUGGACGCAGUUCCACACUCAGGAGAAAGUGCGUCAGGAUCGAGCGGAGCGUGAAGCCAGCCGGGCAAUGGAGAGAGAGGCGCACAGAGAGGGAACCAUUAUCAGCAUCGCACAGGAGCAGGCCGAGCUGAAGCUGCGAGCAGGUGAGCUGAAGCAGAGAGAGGAUGCGCUUCAGCGAGAAAGAGAGAACCUGGAUAAGCUGAGAGAGGAGCUGGAGAGAGAGAAGGAGAAACUAAGUGCAGCAGCUUUACGGCUCAAAAGCCGUGCACAGGAGGUGGAGAGUUUCAGCAAGCUGGCGUCAGAGCGGUAUGAGGAGGGUGAGCGGGCACUACAGGAGGCCAGGCAGGUGGAGACAGAACACAAGGCUCGACUUCACACUAUCCACACCGAGAUGGAGCGACUCAGGAAGCAGGAGCAGAGCCUACAGCAGGAGCGAAUGAUGAUGACUGAUCAUCGCAAAGAGGUGGAGAGAAUGAGACAAAGCCUUCCCAUCAACGCUUUACCUCUCUCAGCUGCACCGUUAUUAACAGAAUUUUCCCCAGCAUUUGCCAGCACUCAGGUGGGUGCUACAGUGGCUGUUCCUCCUCCUCCUGUAGUGAACACUGUCUCCAGUGGUGUUUCUCCAGAACUACAGGCAACACUGGCGUUGCUGAGACACACAGCAGAAAAGGACCGGGACUUCCUUCAGGAUGAGCAGUUUUUCCUGGACACACUUAAGAAAGCACCCUACAACUCAGCCUUCCACACUGCAUGACAAACAAGACAGGCAAACUGUGCC